UAAAGGGAGGGACCGGCGUCAGGGGGAGCUCAGUGUGAUAGUGACAAGCUGGGAGAGCGUUUAUCGACUUGUUUCUGGAAGAUUGCCCCAACACGAUGCAUCUGGCCACAAUUUUACUGCUGCUGGGUACUGUGGGAAUCUCCUGCACCUCGGCCCUCGAGGAGCCGAGGGAGGAGCAGCCCAGUGAGCACGUGAGCUGCCGGUACUGGUGCGUCUACGGCCGUCCCUACUGCUGCGACGACGGCUCCCUCCCGCUUCCGGAAGACCAUGAGGAGCACAAGACCCUGGCCUGCCCCCCAGUGGACCAGCACAUAUGUAAGAGCUCCGGCAUCUACCUCAACAACACCACCCCGGCUCUGAUCCUGGCUAAGGGCGACCCCAAGGACCUGUUGUGUGCCUCCGACGGCUACUGCGGCGAGAAGGAGAGGUGCUGCCCGAGCCCCUGCGUCAAGAGGCACAUCUGCAUGGUGGGGCUGAUUCGCGAGGACGAGACGGAAGAGGGGAUAUACACGGAGUAUGAGGAGGAAGGGGUGCUGCCCGUGGAGGAGGAGCUGCAAGUGGAGGAGGAGCUGCCAGUGGAGGAGGAGCUGCCACUGGAGGAGGAGCUGCUGGAGGACGAAGUUGCUGAAGAGUAGUUGGUGUUGGUUGUAAGUCUGAAAAAAAUAUAGAGAAGGGACUUUUUUAUGUGCAUCCGUGGUUUUCCAAAAAGUGAUUAUAGAAUUAAGAGGAUAGUGAAUAGAUGAUUGAGUGUAGUAUGGCAAACUGUGUUGUGCUACUGUAGAAUAGGAGAGUUAGAGUGUAUAAUUAUUUAAAGGUUUUACAAACAAUUCAUAUAGAGAAAUAUAUAUUUAAUAAAAGUACAAAGUAGCA